AUGAGUUCGCUCCUCAAAGCCGACGUCUGGGUCUCCUCCCGUCUUCCCAUCGCCAUCCAGCGAGACGGCCAAUCCAGCGCCUUUUCACCAAUAUCCUGCACCCUAAUCCAGGGCGCCAACGAAGCAGUCCUAGUCGAUACACCGAUCUCCAUCACUCAAACCGAAGAACUAAUCCAAUGGAUCGAAGAAAUCGCACCAGACAAAACGCUAAAAUACAUAUACAUCACGCACGGCCACGGCGACCACUGGUUCGGCAUCCCACUCCUCCAAAAGCGAUGGCCUUCAGCACGCGCAAUCGCCACACCCGCAACAGUCACCCAUUCACAAGGACAGCUUGAGCCAGAAAAGUUCAUCAAUAUCUGGACUCGUUUCUUCCCUGACCAAAUCUAUCAGCCGCAGAAGACAGCAGAACCAUGGCCAUCACAUACAUUCACGAUGGAAGAUCAUGAGUUCCGGAUCAUCGAAGUCGGACAUACGGAUACACAUGACACGACUGCUCUGUAUGUUCCGGAUAUUCAUCUCGUCGUGGCUGGUGAUAUUGUAUAUGGGGAUGUGCACCAGUUCUUUGGCGAGGCUAAUACGACAAGUAAACGACGGGAGUGGCUUCGGGCGUUGGAUACGAUUGAGUCGUUGAAGCCUCAUACUGUGGUUGCUGGUCAUAAGCGGGCUGGAACAGUUGAUGGCGUCUUUAAUAUUGAGAACACAAGACGAUAUAUUCUGGCAUUUGAGGAGGCAAUUACCACGACGUCAAGCCCGGAUGAGCUCUAUCGCAAGAUGCAGGAUUUGUUCCCCUCGAGGAUUAACCCGCAUGCUAUCCUAGCGGGUGCGAAGGCUGCAUUUGGACAAAAUGCAUAUGAGUUUAGAAAGACUUCGUAA